CAAGUUUCUGACCUUAACUCCCCAGCGAUCUUUCUCAUACGAGAAGCCUAGGUCAUUGUCCCACUAAAUCAACUAACUCUUCGCUCCAAUUCUCCACCACCACCACCACCACCAUGCGAGCCUCUCAACCUCCUCCUCCACCCCAUUUGAGGUACUUGCGAGAUGACGACAUGCCGCUAGCAUUCAAGGACUUGCUCUCCUCCCUCCCUUCGGAAGAAGACUGGGUCACCACCUCUCUCCGCUUGUACCAGGGCUUCUGGUUCCCCUCUUGGCUCUUGAAUGGCGUCCUCACUUGCCAAAACCACUUCCAAGCUCACCCCUCUGACAUCCUCCUCGUCACCAGCCCAAAACCCGGCACCACUUGGCUAAAGGCCAUCCUCUUCGCUCUUUUGAACCGUGCCAAGUACUCCAACUCCGACUCACAACGAAGCCACCCUCUCCUAACCCAAAACCCUCACGACCUCGUGCCCAUCUUGGAGAUCAGGCUCUAUCUCGAGCAAGAAAAUCCCGAUCUCACUGCUUUAGCGUCCCCGAGGCUCUUCGCCACCCACGUCCCUUAUUCCUCACUUCCACAGUCGGUGAGGGACUCAAACUGCAAGCUGGUUUACCUGUGCAGGAACCCCAAGGACACCUUCGUCUCAAUGAGGCACUAUGCCAACAAGCUGAGGCCGGAAGAGAAGGGCCAGAUUCCAAUCCAGGACUGCCUCGACAAGUUCUGACGAGGGCUGAGCCCUUAUGGGCCUUACUGGGACCAUGUGCUGGGUUACCACAAGGUGAGCUUGGAGAUGCCCGUGAAGGUGUUCUUCGUGAUGUACGAACAGCUGAAAGUCGACCCGCAUGUUCAUGUGAGGAGGUUGGCUGAUUUCUUGGGGUGUCCAUUCAGCAAAGAAGAACUGAGAGACGGAACAGUGGAGGGGAUACUGAGGAUGUGUAGCUUCGAUAAUUUGAGCGCAUUGGAGGUGAAUAAGUGCGGGAAGUUGUUGACUGGUAUGGAGAACGAGUGGUUCAUCAGGAGAGGUGAGGUUGGAGAUUGGGUAAAUUGCAUGAGUGCUGAGAUGGGGGAGAGAAUUGACGGUGUCAUGGAAGAGAAGUUGCAUGGUUCUGGUUUGAAGCUUUGAAGUUCGGUUAAAUAGAAAAGGUAUCUGCAGGCCAUUGAUGAAGCUUUGUAUUUCUCCUGCUAUAGGAUGAAAGGGCUACGGUGGCAUUGUCAAUCGUGGCUUCGUCUACAAAGAGAGAUGCUUCAAGGUUGUGAUUCUAGUCUUCAUUUAUGUUGUACUAUUGGCGCUUGCAGAUGUCAUUUGGCCAACACGUAGUUGGCUAAUAAAAAGCUGCCAUCCUUCUCACUGGGAGCUUAUGGAUUUUAUCUUCUGUUA